GGUAGUGCUGAAAAUGCAUCGAAUGGAGUUUUGAUUCGAAAGACUUUCAACUGACUUUUAACUGAUCAACGACUUUCUGCUGCGGGCGAUUGAGGUGUUAUAAAUCAUUAUAAUUUGAGAAGUAUUUUCGCUGGCACGAAUUUGUUUGAUAGAAAAGUAAUUGGAUUUGCAUCAAAAUGAAGUCCGCACGUUCGAAAACACCAGCACGUAAGCCAAUCAAUCGACCGAAAGGGUCCAAUAUGUUGUCCAAGGAUCCUGUGCAGGUUUAUUGUCGUCUACGGCCAAUGCAGUCGUCAGAUGUGUCAUGCAUGAGGCCUACAUCCAGCACAACAGUAGUCAUAACGCCGCCAGAAUCAGCAACUAAUUUUAGGACUAUGAACAAGGAAAUACAAACAACAUUUAGUCAUAUAUUCAUACCUGAUGUAACACAAAAGGAAAUAUUCAAGACGGUUGCUCUUCCUCUUGUUGAAAAUCUUAUUCAGGGAAGGAACGGUCUUCUAUUCACAUAUGGUGUAACUGGUAGUGGAAAAACAUACACAAUGACUGGAGAACCACAAGAUGGUGGAAUUAUGCCUAGAUGCUUAGACGUUAUUUUUAAUACUAUUGCAAAUUAUCAGACAAAAAAAUUUGUCUUUAAGCCAGAUAAGUUAAAUGGCUUUGAUGUGCAAAGUGAAGCUGAUGCUAUGCUCGAGAGGCAGCAAGAGCUUCAUGCAGGUCUCACACAAAGAGGUGGAAAGUCUGUAAAAUAUCGCAAGGUGGACAGUGAUGGAGAUAGUAAUCCAUUAGUAACUCACGAACGGAAUGAAUCACAAAUUGUGACGAUCGAUUCAGAUAAUGCAUAUUCUGUGUUUGUUACAUAUGUUGAAAUCUACAAUAAUAGCGUAUACGACCUGUUGGAUGAAGAUGACAUUAGAUCCAAAGCACUGCAGAGUAAAAUAGUCAGGGAGGAUGGCAACAAAAAUAUGUAUGUACAUGCAGUCACCGAAAUAGAAGUGAAGAGUGCGGAGGAAGCCUUCGAGAUAUUUCAACGUGGACAACGGAAAAGACGGGUGGCACACACAGCAUUAAAUGCAGAAUCAAGCAGAUCUCACAGUGUCUUUACCAUUCGACUUGUACAGGCACCUCUAGAUUGCGAAGGCGAACAUGUAAUGCAGGAUAAGCGAGUCGUGUGCAUAAGUCAAUUAUCUCUAGUUGAUUUAGCAGGUAGUGAGCGAACGAAUCGCACUAAGAACACCGGUCAACGUUUGCGCGAAGCAGGUAAUAUCAAUAACUCUCUAAUGACUCUACGCUCGUGCCUGGAAAUUUUGCGAGAGAAUCAGAGUCAAGGUACAAAUAAGAUGGUACCUUAUCGUGAUUCUAAGCUCACUCAUUUGUUUAAAAACUACUUCGACGGCGAGGGACAAGUAAGAAUGAUAGUUUGUGUAAAUCCCAGGGCAGACGACUAUGAUGAGACAAUUCAAGUUAUGAAAUUUGCGGAAAUGACCCAAGAAGUGCAAACUAUAAGACCUACUGCUCCAAAAUUGGAACUUGGUUUUACUCCUGGCAGGAGACAAGCUAAUAAGAUAUUCAAGGAAGCAAGAAGCAAAUUGGAGAAAGAGGGUCGAGCGGAAGCCGCCGAUCUAGAAGUUGACUUAGGUUUAGUGUACAGUUUGGGCGGACCAUUCCCUGAAUUGGAAACCAUUACUCCGGAUAAUGAUCAAGUAAUACCUACUUUGAUACAAUUUCUGGAGCAACGUAUUAAUAAGCGCAAUAUACUUCGUGCAGAUUUAAUGAGAAAACAAAACGAUUUUAGAAAAAUGUUGGUGGCGGUAGAGCAAGAGAAUAUAAACUUAAAGGUUGAAGCUGCUUCACUGAAAGCUGCAAAUUCACAACAGAAAAGAAAGAUAGCUGCAUUAGAAGGACAUCUCUGUAAAACGGAAACACAAAUCGACACUCUGCUGUGUAAAUUAAACGGCGCUAAUGAUACGAUACGAAGUUUACAGCAAGAGAUAAAAGAACGCGAUUUGGCAUUGAAUCAACGUUUGAUGGAGAAGCAAAGAGUAAAACAAAAAUAUAACACUAAAAUGCAAGCUGAAACGGAUAAGAUGAACAAAGAAUUGGAAAUAAAACUGCGUCAACAGCGUGAACGCCUUCAAAGUCAAAUGAAGGAGAAGGAAGAUAAAUUACGAUGGGUGAAGCAAAUUUUAGCGGACGACAAUGAUAUUGAUCCUGCAUUGUUAAUUCCACAAAAGGAACAAGUCCCAGAAUCAGCGGGGAAAGUCUUCUCAGAUACCGAGACUCGAAAGUCGCGGAAGGACAACAUACCCGUUUCGAAUCCGCGCUACAGACGAUCGCGAAGUGCGGAUAGGUGGGUUGAUCAUCGACCUGGAGCACUCGUACCACUCGGCACCGUGUUGCAGCCAUUGAUGAAGAGAAGACGAAGCGUAACGCGACUUACUUCUCCGAAAGAAAUUGACGAUGCAUCCAAAUAUUGUCUUGUCGCGCAAGAGCAAGAUACAGAUGGGGAACUUGAAACCAAAUUAUACAAGGGUGACAUAUUGCCAACAAGUGGUGGCGGAGCACAAGUGGUAUUUAACGAUAUGGAAUGUUUAAAACAAAUAUCGCCAAAGGCAAGGAAACGCAGCGGAUCUCGGGAAGAGGCAAAUCGGGCAGCUGUUCCUACAGAAAUAUACCCGAAAAAACCACGAAUAACAUCUGCAGAGUGAAACUGCAACUGUGCACACUAGGAAAUCAAAUAUUUCAUACGAUUCUUGUGAUUGUAACUUUUCCAACAGGUUGUAAACACUCGGCACAAUAGCUUUGACAUUUAUUAUUAGGCCUAGUAACCUUCCGCGACUUUCGAGUCUCGGUAUCUGAGAAGACUUUCCCUGCUGAUUUUGGGAUUUGUUCCUUUUGUGGAAUUAACAAUGCAGGGUCAAUAUCAUUGUGGUCCGCUAAAAUUUUCUCUCUCCAUCGUAAUUUAUCUUCCUUCUCCUUAAUUUGACUCUAAAUUAGCACAAGAAUGUAUAUUAUUUUAUAUAUUGAAAGCUGUCACUGUCAAAACUAUCUCGAGAUAAUGCUGCCGCUUGGAAUACUCAACAUCACGAUGCACGAACAUAUAAAUUGAUUGCGCGUGAUCGAAAAGUUUCAUGAUCACUGGACUUGAAUAAAUGAAGCUAUUAUGCCGGAUACUGUAUAAAGCACGUAGUACUUAACAUGAAAAUGCUUUUACCCAUAAUGUUCUUAAGAUUUUCGUUACCGAAUUGUUUCUAUUAUAGUAAUUUUUGUACUUUUUAUACAUAUAACAUAUACGCAUUUA